UUACAGAAAACAAGCCAUAUAGACAAAAUAAAUUGGAAUGUCUGGCGCUGGCGAGGAAUUUCAGGUGGUCACGCGUAAGAAAUGGAUGGCGCGUAAAUGCCUAGGGCGACGCAACCGCCACAAAUCCGAAAGCGAUUACUUAAACGAUUGCCCCGAUGUAAAUGUGGACCACUUUCAAGCACGCCUGGAGCGACUCUGCGGGGAAAUGAGCCAACGUGAUUAUUUUAUCUUGUCUAUGGAAACGCUGCAACAGCACCUGGACAUGCUCAAGCGGCCACUGGAACGUAUAGUCUGCCUGGGUCUGGGACCAUUCACACGCACACACCAGGCGCUGCAUCAGGCAGCGUUUAUUAUGAGUGCCCAGCGGCAACACAACAUCAAGGAGGCACUCUACUAUGAUCCCGUGUUUCGUGAAACUGAGAAAGAGCUAAUACAGCGUCUGAAUGGCACUGUCAUAGCCGAGGACAGAGCGGGCAGGCAUGAAGCUAAUGUAUCCACUCUUUAUUAUUUGCCCCACUGUCCCUACGCGCUAAUGCACAAUCUGCUGUGGUGCAAUUGGAGCAGCGAAAGCUUGGCCAACGUUUUUCUAAUCUCGAAUAGUUUCGAGAUGCUAACACUAAACAGAACUCUAUCUAAAACUAGAAUUCCCAAUGAUCACAUUGCCCGCAUAACGGCCCACUGCACAGAGGCUCCUUUAGAGGAUGACUACGAGCAUAACAAUGUUUUCAAUGACCUGUCAUUGCACAGUUUUCCCAGCGACAAACUACCAGCGGUUGAUGAUGCAAUAUUUUGGACACGAUGCGCUCCUUUAAAUGUGCACGAAGAUGAAUUACAAACCGAACUAAAUAUGGAGGCAGAUAUGGCUGCAUUGAGCAUAGGAUCAUAGUUAAACUUUUAUGUGUCACGGAAUAAACGAUGGUCAUUUACUUGAAGGAAAA